AGGUCUGUGGACAACGGACCUCUGUGCUGGCGUUGGUGAUUUAUGUUAUCCGUGUGUUCGGUUGUUUUCGUGUCUUGGAUCGAUGCAGACACAAUGUCGACGUCAAGGGGCGAAGAGCAGCCGACCGGGACCUCAGGGAGGGAAUCGCGGACCUCCAAAUCGUGGUCCUAUCAUGUGCAUGCCAAAUGGUUCGUCGAUUGGUGCUGCGGGGAUGAGUCCCAGCCGCCCAAACCUCCGUGCGGUCCUGUGAUAUUCCUCGAAGACAAAAAUAGGCGUAGGGUUCUCGGGGCGGUGGCAGGAUGGCACCCAGCUAAAAAAGAUAACACGCAGCAUUAUAAGUUGCACACCGUUUACAGUUCGAAGGGCGGCGUUGUGGCCAAUUCCAAAGGGGCGGUUUUGUCUUUCGAUUUGUUCCAGGGGUUUGGGGCUAGAGCUGUGAACACCCCGUUCUACCAAGAUCUUGCAGUAGGAGGUUUUGUUUCGGCCCGGGAGUUUUUGGACUUGGUGGAGCAGAGGAACAUCGACCUGGAGGAUCCCUGCGACGUUCAUGGUGACCAACAGUUGUCGAUGCCUCUCCAGAUGUGCACCGGGUUCGAAUCCAAUGGUGCUCCCACGGAAGGGGGAGAUUUGGGUUCCGGUCCUUCUUCGCACUUCGGUCGGGGCGAGUCCCGUGGUCGCUUCGACGAUAGCGACGACGAAGAACAGGAGCAGACUCAGGCUUCGCCGCUUAGGCGGGGAGACCGGUCUGGCUUGAGUAUUCCCGGGGUGGAAGGACAUACCCCGGUUCGCGACCGACCGUCGACGUCAACCGGGGGGGAAGAUGAGGGUGUGCAUACGCCUGCACAUAAGAGGAGGGGAGGACCUCCGGAAGAGGGUGCGGGUUCCACAAAGAAACACAAGGCAAGGACCCCCCAAACAACAGGGGGGGAAAGGAAUGGAGUUGAGGGGCAGGAGAGCACAUCGGGUCGGAAACGCCCGAUGUCGGUGCAGAAACAGCCUCAGCCAGGUGCUCUCGAGGCGAAGGGUCCCAUCGACGUCAACGUCGCGUACUUCCUGGAAUGGAAAGACGGUGUGCGGACGAAGCGGGAGUUCUUCAUUAGCCCAUCGCAGGUCGUCGACAUAGGUGAGUGGGAACCAUCGUACAACCAAAGGUCGUUGGAUCUCGUGCACACGCAGAUCAUCAUUGACGCGAUGAUGACGGCUUUCUCGCAGGCCGAGAAGACGUACGAGUUGCCUACCCUCAAGCUGGCACCACUAGGGAUGGAAAAACUGAAGCCGGGCGUGCGGGCUGACCGUCUGAAACCAGAGGACUGGAAGGACGAGCUCGCAGACCAAUACAAUUAUUACGCUGUUUCCGGCCAGCACAACGCGGCUGCAGCCAAGUCGCUGCUCGGAUCGAAUGUCGCAUUGAGGUACAACUUCGACAGGUGGCCUGCACAUAUGGUUUACUUCUCGGACGAGGAGUUCGAUGGUUAUUUUCUGGUCAGCUCGGAGGACAACAUGAAGGACUUGAAGGCGCCUCCUAGACAGCUAAAACUAUCAAUGAAGGACAUUCGGUGGUUCUGGAAGGAAAAGGGUUUCCCAAAGGCUGUUAUGGGGAACCCCAGCGGAAAACAAGCACAGCACGUGGGAGCUGGGCAUGGAAUUUUUCGAGAAAUGGGAGACGCGGAGACUUCUGGCACCCGAGGGGCGAAGUGGAUCACAAGGAAAAGGAAAGUGAAGGGCGUCAAGCCCGGCGUUGGCCACAUCGAAAACGACAAGUUGGGCCAAAAGGAGGUUGUCUACAACGUCCCCGUCGAGGCGCCCCAAAAGAAGGGAAAGAAGGAGAAAGAGCCUGGCGAUUGGUUUGUCCAAGUCACCGAGCCGGAUCCGCACUGCUGGAAGAGCAUGGAAUCCCUUACCGACAACGAGAAAUGUCGGUUGCUCAAGAAGGUCCUUAACUGCGAGGUUGUGUGGGUGCAAACAGGAUCCGCAUCGUUGGCGAAGCAAGGCAAGUUGGGAGUGCAGGAAGCAGUGCACCUGCUCAAGUGCGAUCGCAUCUUGGUGCGGUUGUGGAAUUACUAUCAGUUUGUGCACGAGAACCGGCCGACUGCUGACUGGACACGUGCGUAUCCCUUCCUGAAGAAGCGGGAGUCGAUUUUGGUUGCGUUCGAGAAGCAAGGAAUGGAUGCCUCGUUGUGGGACGGGAGCAGGAAGCUCGUCGGUGACGCCUCACUGUUCAAGGACUGCCCGUCGUACAUGGGGUGCGAGGACGACAAAACGAUCAAGGCGACGGAAAAACUCGCCCAAAACAAGAAGUUGUCAACCGACUGGAAGAACAAGGUCCUCUUAGUGCUAACCGGCAGUCGGGCGAAGAGCAUGGAGGUCGCACUUGCUGAAGGUGUGGUGCACGUUCUAUGGAAAGACUCGGGGGACGUGACAUCGAUUGCCUCGUUCGGCGUCGACCCUCUGGAGGCGCAGUUGAGGGUGACGGAGCUGGAGAAAGCGGUUGGGACCACCAAAUGCCACACGUGCGUUCUCGAUCUGUGCGAGCCGGUGGACUUCAAACAGUGGACGCCGAAAGCUUUCGAGAGUUUGAAUUCCCUCCUACAGCAAUUGUUUCCAUCACACUGGACGGUCGUCGCUUUCGUCCCUCGGCAGUGGGACUACGCCUUCAUGACCAGCCUGCGCCAUCUACCCGUUGUGAAGGCAAUGGCAGGGAAGUGGGUCAGAAGGACGCAACAGAAGAAAAGUUUCUCAAUGGGGAACAACUUGUACUCGGCUGACGACUGCAUGUACAUUCUCUUUAAAGGCGACGAUUUGCGGGAGAAUACAUGCGUUGUCUACGAUGCUAGGUUGUUAGCGGGUGACGUUGCGACUAUCGGGGUGCAUCAGAAAGUGACCCCGACAGACAUAUCUGAGACUCCCUUCGACCCUUGUGAGUGGCCGUCGGCCAUGCCUGGAGUUGACAGGAAAGUUUACAAGAUGGACUCUGAGCGGAACCCCACACAAUUGGCCCAUCUGCUGGAAUUUGUGUGCAAAAAGGGUGAGGGCAUCAUGUUCCUCGGCAAGCCGCACACGCGAGUGGUGUGGGAGGUUUUGAAGAGCGGCCGACACGUGGUCGCGCUAGAAGGGAAUUCUGAGUUGUUGCAAUACAUGUUGGAGUCCCUUAAAAGCGAGGUCAACUCUAGAGCCAGCCGCUGCGAGUUCAUUUCGAGGACAGAGAAAUCAACACACGUUCGCGAACCGUCUACGGACAUGUGGUUCAAGUUGAGCGAGCGGAAGAGGAAAAGGAUCUACGAGUUCCUCUUUUUGGAAACUCGGCCAAGGAGGGACAACCACGCUGAGUACAUGCGCCGGAAGGAACACAUGUUGGCAUUGCUGGACAAUUACCACGACGCCUCACGCAAGAACGCAAAGAACUUCCUCGACCGGCUCGAAUGUUUGUACUUCGUCGAGUCCGAGCAGACGCUGAAGCUCGAGAGUUAUGGUUCCUUGAUCUCCACGGAGGAUGAGGCGGAGACAGGCAUUGUUUUCGACACCGCUACGCCGGAGGAGGACAGCGACAGUGAGGACAUCGAUAUCGAUUACCAUCAUGGUUCGCUGUUUCAUGGCUCUGGCUCCUCGUCGGCCGGUCCCGCAACAAGCCCGGCCACCCAGGCGUCGCCUGUGCUCACGAUCACCCCGGGCAAGACCCCGAGUAAGCUGGUGGCGAGACUGACUCCUCGGGCUGCCGCCCUGCCUCCAUUGCGUCCCGGGAGUUCGGUUCCGCUGCAUCAUCCUUCUCACAAGGAUGAUGUGGUUCACUUCGAAGGGCUCGACCACACUCGAUCGAGCAAGGCGGACUGGGGCCAUGACAUGAUAUGGCACCCGGGAACUAUCCAGCCGGCAAUCCAAAAGGGCGAGUGGAUCAUGGCGCUCAUCCGCGACCAAGGGUUGUGGGACCCAUACCCACGCCAGUCGAAGGCGGAGUACCUGGAACUCGCGAGGGUUUCGGUGCUCGACAAAGUGAGGUCUUCGAGUGGCGCGGGAAGCGCAGGCGGAGGGGUGGGAGGAGCAGCUGGGGGCGGCAUAGGGGUGGGUGUCAGAGGGACACCCUCGGGGACAGCAGAGGGUACCACCGCUUCGGGUGGGGUUUCGCCUGAACAGGAGGCCACGCCAAGGGAAGCCGGUGGUGUUGAGGGGGGGGAGAACGUUGCCGGAAAGCUGACUGUCGGACUCCCUAAGGGACCUGCAUCGAAGUCCGCCGGAAUCCGGACUACAUGGAGUGAGGCACCAGGCGCGACGACUAUUGUGUCGGAGGGAGGGGGUACACACUUGGGGGUAGGAGAGCGGGCCGCGGGAUUCGACGUGGUUUUUGGAGAAUUACGUGAAUCUCAUGGGAGGGAUGGAGGGGAAGAAGGGGAAGAAGGGGAAGAAAGGGAAGAAAGGGAAGAAGGGGAAAAAGGGGAGGAGGGAGAGGAAGGGGGUGAAAAAGGGGAUAUCGACAUUGACGACGAACGGCUGGGCAAUGCGGAGGAUGCCGAGUGCGAGGAGUUGUCUGACUCGUUCGAGCACCUUUACGUGGGCCAUCCGGGGCCUGAUGUCGACGACGAUGCGACGACAAUGGACAUGGAGACGCAGGUGGUCAGUGAGCUUUCAACAGACCCUGAAGAAUAUGAGGUUCAGCCGCUGACGGCUGCAAUCGAUCUCCAACACCUGCGGACCACGACACCUGGAACAGGCUGGGGAGGAUUCACUGCAGUGGCUGCGCUUGGAAGCUUGCGGAUUUUGAACGACAUUGAUCGAGGCUUGGUGCCACCUACCACUGUUCUAUCGACCCUUGGCGAUGGUCAGUUGCGAAUUGCAGCAAAAGAUCUUGUCACCUUCUCGCUUAUCAACGGCAGGGUGAAUGAUGAGGUGGUCAAUUUCUAGAUGGCGCUAUUAGGGACGACCGCAUAUGCAAUACGUCACAUCCCAUCAGGCCUUCGAGUCUUCAGUUUUAAUUCGUUCUUCUUCAGUAAACUGCAACUUCAAGG